AUGCCAAACACACUAACAUCUAAAAAAUAUCCCAAGAACAGGGAAUUGAAUAUUGAAAAUAUUGUGCUGAAAUCAGUCUUCAAUAAUUCUCAUUUAAAUUUCAACUUCGCGCACCUGAAUCCCGGUAGUCUUAAACCUCAUUUACAUGAAAUUACUGAAAUAUUCAGCGAUGUUAACUGUCACCCUCAUUCAAGCAGCUUCUCAAUGAACAAAGUAACCACAAAGAAACGUUCAUUACAACUUAAAGUCGCAAGUGGAAAACUUUCACUCAAACUUCCACCAAAAACUCUGUGGAAAAAUAUUCGUAAACUUGGAAUCACCACUGGUAAAACUGAAAAUGUUAGCGCGAUCGAACCAAAUGAAUUUAAUGAAUACUUUUCUUCUAUUUUCACACCUCAAACAUUUUCUGAUUCUCAUCUCAAUGUAACUCAAGACGAUAAUAGAACAUUUGAGUUUGAAACGGUGUCUGCAGAAGAAGUUUAUUAUUCAAUAAAUAAAAUCACGUCAAAUGCCAUUGCGAAAUCGAAUGCUAUUGUUAUUGCAAGAAAACCUGUCAAUAACAUACCUGCGUUAAAAUUGGGAAGUGACAUAAUCGAAUACUCAAGUAAAGUUAAAAGUUUGGGAGUUAUUAUCAAUCAAAAAUUAACGUGGAAUGAUCAUAUUCAUAAAAUAUGUUGCGAUGUCAAAGCGGGAAUCGGAAUGCUAAGCCAAACAAAGCAUUUCACACCUCGUGAAACAAAGCUUGGUUUGGUUAAGUCGCUCUUAAUUCCUAGGUUUGAUUACUGUAGCAAUAUCUAUUUAGGUGCAUCAAGGGCUGAUUGGAAAGAAAUUGAAUCAGCGUAUAAUUCAUGUGUCAGAUAUAUAUUUGAUAAAAAACGAUAUGAAUCUGUGUCUCGGUACAAAUCUCAUGUUGUUGGUAGUUCGAUUGAGAAUUUAUUGAAAUAUAGAGCGUGUCUUUUUAUUUAUAAUUUAUUACGCUACAAACAACCUGAAUACUUAUAUGAAAAGAUAAUCUUUACCAAAUCGUCGCGUAAUCGAGUUUUACAAACACCUUCACACCUCAGAUCACAAUUUUCAAAUUCAUUUUUUGUUCUUGGGAUUCAAAUAUGGAAUAGCAUUAAAUCGGAUAUAAGAAUGGCAAAUUCGACUUCGGUUUUCAAAACGAAAUGCUUGUCUUACUUUAACUUGCAGAGAUUACAAGAAUGA